UUGGGGAAUGUUUCGGUAGUCUCGCACGGUGCGACGGACGGGUGGCGGCAUGUCGGUGACUAUCAGCGGGAAGCAGUUAUCGUUGCUGCUGUUCGUGUCUUUCAUGCUCGGCGUCGGCGUCGGGUACAAGCUGAAAACCCUGCGCGUUCAUUAUCUCAAGCAGCGCCGGGAUUGGCUCGCCUCCCGGCUGGCCACGGCGCAGCAGAAGCUUGAAGGUGAACUGAGGCCCUGACCAUCAGCCCCUGCAGGCAUGCUUCCAGUUGUAGCUGUUCAUGGUGGGGCUGGCAAGGUCUCUCCAGCCAUUGUUGAGGAAAAGAUGGUGGCCCUGCGUGCUGCAGUGGAGGCAGGAUACACGCUGCUUCAGCAGGGAGGCACUUCCCUCGAUGCUGUUGAAGCAGCUGUUCGGGUUAUGGAGGACCACCCUGCUUUCAAUGCUGGCUAUGGGUCCUCUUUGACCAUUGAGGGCAGCGUGGAGAUGGAUGCGCUCAUCAUGGAAGGCACACACAUGAAGGCUGGUGCUGUAGGUGCUGUGCGCACUGUGCGUAACCCGGUCACCCUAGCACGCAAGGUUAUGGAGCAGACGGAGCAUGUGUUGCUGGUGGGACCAUCGGCAGAUGACUUUGCUCGAGAAAUGGGGACACCACUGGUUGACAAUGGCUCCCUCGUCUCUGCAAAGGCCAAGCAGAGGUUGGAGGAAUUCAAGUCCUUCCGCAACACUGUGCAACAUUCCAUCAACGUUAACCAGAAGGAGCAUGACACUGUUGGUGCUGUGGCAGUCGAUGCAGCCGGCCAUGUGGCAUGUGCCACAUCAACAGGUGGCCUGACGGGCCAACGUUGCGGGCGGGUGGGUGACAGCCCUCUUGUGGGUGCUGGUGGAUUUGCUGACGACUCGGUGUGUGCCGUCUCCACAACAGGCCAUGGCGAGGCAAUUGCAAGGUCCUGCCUGGCCUACGACAUGGCCGUGCGCUUGCAAGCCGGUUCAUCUCCCAGUGUGGCCAUGGAACAGGCGCUGCAGCGGAUGAGGCGAAAGAUGCAGGGAGGCUGUGCAGGUGCCAUCCUGGUAACGCCUACAGGUACCGUAGUCACUGGAACCACCACCGAGCUGAUGCCCUGGGCAUGCCGGAGCAAGCGGGGUUACCAGUGUGGAAGUCAACGUGAUGAGCACCCGCUGUAGCUGCUCCUUUCCAGUCACCACCAUGUGAAUGGCACUAGCGAUGGUAUUUUGUCAAUGUGUGAAAUAAACAUUGUUUUAUUGCCAUCAACUUUUCAGAAAUGUGCAGUGCCACACUUUCUUCUGCCGGCUUUGUUUUCCAACUGGACGCACUGGGCUGCUG